AAAUCAACUCGCCCCGUAUUAGCACAAGUGGCAAACCCUUACCGAGUGCUAGACUGGUCAGUUCUUGGUUGCUGGGUAGUAAGGACAAUCACCCACAAGGUCAUCUGUCAGUUUUAUCAGUAAUGUGGGCAAGCUUUAUAUUAGAUGACAUCAGCCAUACAGCCAAGUUCACAGGAUUCCGUUCCACGAACUUGAAAUGCUGCAACAUUACAAAAGAACUCGAAAACCCUGAAUGUCUUCCCAUCGAUGUAUCACCUGACGACGUCUAUUAUGGUAAAUACAACCAAACCUGUCUUGAAUACGUUCGCUCGGCCACAGUUUUAAGAGAAGAUUGUACCCUCGGCCCCAGGGAACAAAUUAACCAAGCCUCAUCGUUUUUGGAUGGGUCUGUCAUCUACGGAGCGACGACUGAAGCGGGCCACAGUCUGCGAGUCUUUCAAGAUGGUUUACUUAAAACCCAUAAAAACGAGGAAGGGGAAGAAAUCCCAACAGCUCGUAUAUGUUCAGAAAAUUGCUGGCACGAGAUCAACAGUGCAACUCCUUGUCUGGAUCCUCGUUUGUGGUCAGAUAUUGGUAGCAUGGGACUUUAUGUUGUAUGGGUUCGUGAACACAACCGUAUCGCUCGGGUUCUCAAGCGGCUCAAUCCGUCUUGGAAUGACGAAGUCCUCUACCAGGAAGCCCGAAGGAUUGUCAUUGCCGAGCUCCAACACAUUACCUACAGCGAAUUUAUUCCCGUCUUUCUUGGCUUUGAAACUGUUUCUAAGUAUGGCCUUAGUUUAAGACAAGGAGACUUCUUUCGGGAAUACGAUCGUGAGAAAAUAGCUGGAAUAUCAAACGCUGUAGCCGUAAUGCUGAGAGGGGUCUUGCUGUCGGUCGUGCCGGAGAUUUACGAACUGAUUGAACCGGAAACUCUGGAACACAUGGGUGAUGUAUCGUGGACUACGACGCUAUUUCAUUCUUCCAGUCUUGUCUAUACUUCGAAAUUACGUCACCUAAUGAUGGGGACUUUGAUACAGAGUGCAAUGUCUAUGGAUGUCAAUGUCAAUAAUCAAGUGUUAUCCAGGAACUCCAGCGGAGGUAUAGAUGUUAUGGCUACUAUCAUUCAGCAAAGUCGUGAUCACGGGAUACCAAGUUACACUGCUUGGCGAACAUUUUGUGGAUUUCCACUUGUGAAAACAUUUCAAGAUCUCGAAAUGUUUAUGGACAAAACUACUGUAAAACUCUUUCAACAGAUAUACAAAGUUGUGCAGGACGUGGACCUUCUUCCUGGAGUACUAGCAGAAAGGCCCCUAGAAGGGGCGAUGGUUGGUGAAACUCUAGCCUGUCUCCUUGGGUACGAAUUCUAUCAAGUUAGAGGCUCUGACCGAUUUUGGUAUGAGAAUGACCUCCCUCCUUCAUCGUUUACGCUUGAGCAACUUCAAGAAGUCCAGAAGGUCACGAUGACACGGAUAUUAUGUGAUAAUGUUUUUAACGACGGUUAUAUUCAACCUGAUUCAUAUCAGAUUCCAGAUCCGUGGCUUAACAACUUCGUUUCUUGUAGAGACAAGCUGAUUCCAUCAGUCGAUCUUAGCAAGUGGCGCUCCGAGGUCUCAUUUGAAAACAUUCCAUCGGAAGCCAUUGCUAAUGCUCUUAGAAAUACACUGAGUUUUUUAGAGCCUUCGCAAGCAAAAGUAAACAUCACGAACGUCUUUAACCAAUCAAGCAGUCAGCUAGAAAACACUCGUAAUACAUCUGAAACUCAGGGCCUUUUACGAGCUACUAUACAGUCUCGUUUAGUCCACUCUCAGUCUGUUCUUCUUGAAGAGGCAACAAGACACGUGAUUGAAGAACUAACUGCUAAUUUAGACCCCGCCCAAAAGAAAGAGAGGAUAUUAGACAUACUGCCAGCUCUUCAACACGUCCCUUUACUCCAAUACAACCUUCAUUUCGAGGAACCGAAGGUUUGUGAUGACGUGCCUUAUCCUUGUGACUAUACCAGUCUGUACAGGACCGAGAGUGGACGUUGUAAUAAUCUGGAUAACCCCGAGUUUGGAAAAGUUGCUCAUAAUUUUAUUCGCCUUUUGCCUCCAGCUUAUGAUGAUCACAUUUCAUCUCCCAGAAGUCGGAGUACCACUGGUUCAAGUCUUCCGAGCCCUAGGUUGAUAUCCGUCAUGGUGCACGAAGAUGGGAGUGAGUUGCACUUGCGAUACACCCAAAUGCUGAUGCAGUUUGGACAGCUAAUUGACCACGAAAUCACUCACACCCCUAUUCAUGAAGGUAUGAAUAAAGAGAAACUGAAAUGUCGAGCCUGUAAUUCUGCAUUAACAGUUCAUUCCGAGUGUUUACCAAUUCCCGUUCCUUCCAAAGACCCGUAUUAUCCAGCAGUUCACGAAGCAUCAAAAGAACAGUUCUGCUUGCCGUUCACUCGCUCCAUGUCUGGCCAGAGGACUCUAGGGGUUAGGGAACAGAUUAACCAGGUAACGGCUUACGUAGAUGGCUCUGCCUUCUAUGGGUCCGAUGACUGUGAAGCCAGAGCUCUUCGCACGUUUCACGAUGGCCAACUAAAGAUGACAAAACAUCCUGAUGGAAGGAGACAUAAACCUCUCUUGCCAGAAACCCUAACUAUAAAUGAUUGUGUUAGUUCUAAUGGAGUCUGUUUUACCGCUGGUGAUUCUCGCGUGAGCGAGCAACCAGGUCUCACAACAAUACACACCAUUUUUGCACGGGAACAUAACAGACUAGCCCUUCGGCUACGAGACGUCAAUCCACUGUGGAAAGACGAACAACUCUACCAGGAAACAAGGCGUAUAGUUUCUGCCUCUUUCCAACACACUGUCUACUCUGAGUUUCUCCCUAGGGUUCUCGGUUGGGAACUCAUGGAGAAAUGGGGGCUUACUCCCCUCAAGACUGGCUAUUAUUUUAACUACGACCCCAAUUGUAAUGCUGGUAUCUUCAAUGAAUUUGCGUCAGCUGCUUUCAGAUUUGGACACACGUUACUUCCUCCUAGUCUGAAACGUAUGACAAAUCUGUACGAUUCCAUCGACAAUAUUACGUUGGCAAACAACUUCUUCGAUAAUCACCUGAUGUACAACGGUGGCAUGAUAGACGACAUACUUCGGGGGUUAUGUGCGGACUCAUCCCCCUCGUUUGAUACUCAGGUGACAAAGGCAGUGACUAGACACUUGUUUGAAGAUCCCAACACUCGUUACUCGGGGCUAGACUUGGUGAGUCUGAACCUACAGAGGGCGAGAGAUCACGGAAUACGGCCAUACAAUGACUACAGAGAGUUCUGUAACUUGACUCGUGCUACGUCAUUUCAAGAUCUCGUGCAAGACAUGCCGGAGGACGUUGUUGCAAAGUUGUCUCUUGUUUACAA